GAUAAAACAAAUUGAAAAAUCCAUUCACACAGGAGAACUCCAAAUCAGAGAGCAUCAACAAUUUUGGAUUAUGCUGCAAAAUCAUUUCGUUAAUUUAUCUCAAAAAAGAUGUGACCAGCUUAAUGAAAUUCAAGUAACUCGAAAGCAACUCUCCAUAAUUAAGCAAAAGUCUUUAAAAAUUGAUAAAGAACUGGAACUUUCAGAAAGCAAAACAAAGGACUUAAAAUUAAAUAUUCAGAAAUUUACUUCAAAAUUGGAACUACUAAAUGAUAAAAUUUAUAAAAAAAGAAUUCACCAUGACUUUGAAGAGACUGAAUUCGAACAUGAACAGACGGAGUACAGUGAACAACUCAAGGACUCUGAACAUGGGAUUUUAAAGAUGGAAGAAGCAAUCACCAUACUUAUGAAUGAAAUAGAGCUUAACAAAGAUUUUGUUAUAGAUAAUCAUAGAGAAACAUUAUCUUGGGAAACCAAAUAUAAAUUACUUGAAGAAACCAUUAAAUGGUCAAAGUCUGAGCGAUCUUUAGACGGCGAACUCGGUGUAAUGAAAACGGAAAUUCAUCGUAUGAAUAUAAGAUAUAGUCAACUUAAGCGCGCCCAAGAAAGACUUGUUCAAGAUCUGGAGCAUUGUGUUAUGCACCGAGAACAAAUUUUCUACGUCUAGAUGAAGUUCAUAAUAGAGCAAAGUUAAUUCGUAAUGAAAUACAUUUUUUAUCGGAAAAACGCUUAUUAGACGAUGUGAAUAAAAUUGAACGUAUGAUUUACAUGUUGCGCAGAAUUCAAUCUGAUCUCAAUGAUAUAAUUAAAGAUGAUGCUAAUAUACAAGAGCGCAUAGAAGAAUGUAUUUUGGCUAAGCAUGCUAAUUUGGAGCAAAUCAUACGAAAACAAACACGGGCCAAGGCGUAUCGGAGGCUUAAUAUUUUGAAAUCCCCACAGAAAAUUGCUAGAUCAGAAACGACAGUUAAACAGCAUUCGCAUAAGCAAAGCGAGUUAAAUGACAGCCUUAUGGAAGUUGUACAAACCUUUAUUGUAGACUUCCCUGAUAGAAAGUCAU